AUGGCUGAUACUGAAGGAAAUAAAAUCGAAUGGCAACCAUUAGCUUUAACAUUAGUUGAAUAUCCUAAAGGUGACUUAAUUGGUAAAAUAUUUGCCAUUAUAAGUCUAGCUCCAUUUGGUAUAGGGUCUGGAUUCAUUGCAUUAAUACUAUUUAGAAGAGACCUACAUACUAUUGCUUUUUUUGUUGGAACACUAUUGAAUGAACUUAUUAAUAUAAUACUAAAACACAUAUUUUGUGAAAAAAGGCCAUUGUCAAGGGGAAAUUUAUACAAUGAAUAUGGAAUGCCAUCAUCACAUUCCCAAUUCAUUUGGUUUUUUAGUAUAUAUGUUUUAUAUUUCUUCAUUUUCAGGUUGCAUCACAUCUAUAACAACAAUAUUUUAUCAAUAUUGUGGAAAGUUAUAAUUGUGGGUAGCUGUUUUUUAUUAUCACUGAUUGUGAGCAUCGCGCGAGUAUAUUUAGAGUAUCAUACAACAAGACAAGUUGUUUAUGGAGCUCUAGUGGGUUGUUUGACUGCAACACUUUGGUUCACCGUAGUACAUAGAGUUCUAACUCCACUUUUCCCACAAGUAGCAAACUUGAAAAUAUGUGAAUUACUAAUGAUAAGGGAUACAACAUUGAUACCGAACGUCUUAUUCUUUGAGUACACGAAAUCUAGACACGAAGCGCGUACGCGAGGUCGAAAGUUGGCUGCUUUGAAACCGAUUCGAUGA